AAUUAAUAUAUUGAUUUGCCAUAUAUACAAAUUUAGAACUGCCAUUAAAUUUUUUCCUCCAUUAUGCAUUUUCAUCUUGCAGAACACUCUUACAUUCUUUCACAGAAUCUGCCAGUUUGCAAAACCCAGUGGUGUAGAUUAGAACAUUCUGUAGCUUGUUAUUGAAAGGUUAAAUUGUAUAAACUAUAUUUUAUUAUUUUUCUUUUUACUUUCUUUCAUUUUCAGUACAUUUGUUGCAUCCAAAAUGUUAGGUGUAAACGAAUGAACUUUAUAAACAAAAUUGGUAACUCCACGACAGAGGAGCAUUUUAUGUUCUGCAGUUUGCAAUGUCAGAAUCGCACAUCAUUGUGCAACAUGAGUAAUCUGCAGGAACUAUAGAAUUGUGCUGCUAUAGGACAAGUGACAAUGAAUAUGUAGUGUGUGUAGGAAGAAUUUGAGUAUGGGUUGGAUGUGUGCUGUUUGGCACAAGGUUCAUGCAAUGAGAAACUAUAAUGGGUAAAUGAAAAACUUGGACAGUUUUUCAAUGUUUUAAUGCACAUUAUGAUGCUCUCGGAUAUUAAGUAACAUAACUACAGUAAUUUAAAAUGGUAGCAUUAGUUUUGGAAGACCCUGUAUAUGUCAUAGGAUGUUUAGUAUGAAUUAUAGAUAUUCAGGUAAAUAGAAUGAUGGAUUCUUACCUUUAUAAUAAUAAAUCUGCUCACAUUAUCUUACGUUUACAAAGAUUUAUUAUAAACUAGCCUUGAGCAUUAGCUCAUUCUUUGAUUUCCUGCAGUUUGUUUGCUUUCAAAAAUGAAAAUGGUUGAAAAAGUUUGGUAUUCAAAAAUAUCAUCAGUAAUUUGUAAAAUUUGUUUGUUGUUAUAUUUUCUUAAUUGAUGUCAAAUGUUGUUUUUAUUAAAGGCUCUGAUUUAUGAGGAUAAUUUCUGUUAUAUGACAAAUUUGUAUAUAACUAGAAAUUGUGACCAAUACAAAGAGUUUUAGGUGCAAUUUUUAGAUAAAAUCUCAAAUAACCUAAAUUUUUAGUGUGUUUAUUCUACUUUGAUACUAUUGAUGUAAUUAGUGCUUUUCUAUUUUCUUCUACUUCAAAAAAUUGCAACAGAUUUAUAUUGUAAUGUAAAAAUAUAUGAUUUCAGGUUAGCAUUCGAUGAAGAUCGAAUUCCUGAUCUUACCGACGAAGCCAUCGUCCAAGAUAUCCACUGUGUUGCCUCUUUGUUAAAAAUGUAUUUUCGUGAAUUACCAAAUCCAUUAUUAACAUAUCAGUUAUAUGAUAAAUUUGUGAAUGCUGUGCAGUCCGAAGAAGAAGUUAGAUUAUUAAGAUUACGUGAUGUGGUUCAACAGCUGCCACCUCCUCACUAUCGUACUUUAGAAUACUUAAUGCUUCAUCUUGCAAAAGUUGCUGGUCAUGGAGGACGAACUGGAAUGACUCCAAAAAAUGUGGCAAUUGUCUGGGCCCCAAAUUUAUUGAGAUCAAAGGACGUUGAAGGUGGUGGAGUUGGUGCCCUUCACGUAGUGGGUGUUCAAGCAGUAUUAACCGAAUAUCUGAUCCGUUAUGCAGAUCUCAUUUUCAAUGAGAAGCUUCUUACAUUUCAGAGUCCAGGUCCCGAUGAGAGUAAGAAAUAAUUAAUGAAGUGUUUUGUCAAUAAAAUGAACAAAUUUAAUUAAUUUUGAGUAUUUAAAUUACUAAGCAAUGCCAACUGUAAACAUACCAAGAAAUUUAAAUUGAAUGUAAAAUUGUAUUCCAAAAGCAUUACUACUAGUAGCAAGCAUAAAAAAAUUAUUUA